AUGUUGGAGCCAAGACAUAUUCAGAAUUUCUCCGACGGAGCAACCUCCGAGCCACACUGGGGAUACGCUGAUAGAAUAGUUCCGUGCAAGAACGAUGCCGGGUCAUGCCAAUACCUGGAUGCCGUGUACCUCGCUCAUGACCUGGGCAUGCUGUACAUGGGUGUCCUGUGGGCGACGAUAUUCUCAGUCUUGUUCAUUUGGGCUUUAUGGAGGCGAGCGCGGCGACCGGCAGUGCAAAACAUCCUUGAAAGCCCUAGACCCAACAAGGGAGCAACGGUGAAAUUGACAGGAACGAUUGCAACGGCAGCAAGACGGUUCUUAUUGCCCGAUGCGAGCAAUCUUCUCUUUGGGCGCACGACGCGGUUCCAGGUGGCGCUUUUGGCUCUGCUGGCAGGCUACCUCUUCGUCCUGAGCUUCCUCGGCAUCACAUACGCCACUUGGGUGACGCCAGUCAAGAACAUGCCGGGCGUCUUCAGCACGAGAGUAGGCUUGGGACCGUGGGCAGACCGGGUCGGUGUCACCGCGUAUGCCCUUACGCCGCUUUCCAUUAUGCUCAGCAGCCGAGAGUCGCUGCUGUCCGUGCUCACUGGCGUGCCCUACCAGAGCUUCAACUUCCUGCAUCGAUGGCUGGGGUACAUCAUCGUUAUGCAGGCCAUCCUUCACGCCUCGGGCUGGCUCGUUAUCGAGCUACACCUGUACCAACCCCAACCAAAGGUCGGCCGCGAGUGGAUAGUGCAGCCGUACAUGAUCUGGGGCCUUGUCGCCAUGGCUCUGCUGCUCAUCCUCUUCGCAUUGAGCACACCGUGGGGCAUCAGGCUUACAGGAUACGAGUUCUUCCGCAAAGCCCACUAUGUCCUGGCAAUGGUUUACAUCGGUGCUUGCUGGGCGCAUUGGAACAGACUCGAGUGUUUCUUGGUGCCGGCUUUCAUCUUGUGGGGCGUUGAUCGCGGCGCUCGACUCAUCCGCACAGCGUUGCUCCAUUACCAUCCUACUUCGUCCACCCUUGCCGGGUUUAGUCCUGCGACUGCGACCAUCACACGAUUUCCAGAUUCGGAACACGGAGAUGUCUUACGACUUGAUCUGACGAAUGAGCAGGACAUAUGGAAGGUUGGUCAGCACUUUUACCUGUGCUUCACCGAGUCAAGUGUCUGGCAGUCACAUCCAUUCACGCCGCUCAAUGCUCCCGUGGUCGAACAUGGCUCGGUCAAGCAUUCGUACGUCUUGAGAGCCAAGUCGGGCGAGACCAGGAAAUUGGCCGAGCUGGUGCAAAGGAAAAAGGCCAGGUCCGCUGAAGCUCAACGCAUGACCACAUCAGUUCUUCUGACGGGUGGUUACGGCGAGAACCUGCUCGAGAGGAUUGACCAAGGCACCAAUAUAGUUUGCGUAGCUGGCGGUACUGGGAUCACCUAUGUCCUGCCGCUGCUGCUGCACCUGGCCCGUGACAGACUACGAUCGGAUCGCAGAAUCCAUCUCAUCUGGGCCAUGAGGCACUCGAGGAACAUUGAAUGGGUGGACGACGAAAUGGCUGCCCUCAUGCGCAGGGCUCAGGAGGGGCUUAACCUCUCCAUUUCUCUUUUCGCAACAAGGGAUGUCGGCGAUACGACGGGAAAUUGGAUCGGCAAGUGCGACUUUGGCGGAGCUGCGGCGGAUGAAACCUCUUCCUCCCCAGGCGGCAUUCGUCCUUGCCAUGUCGAAGCUGCGCGUGGCACUGAGAAAAUGGCUGACAUAUCAACGUGUGACGGUAGACGUCCCAAUCUCGUCAAACUGGUGGGUACUUUUGUGGAAUCAACAGUGUCUGGACGGACAGUCGUGUUUGCGAGCGGACCAGGUGGAAUGAUUUCAGAUCUGAGGAGUACCGUGGCAGACUUGAAUGUCCCGUCCAAAGUAUGGAGACGGCAAGAGCGGUUUGAUGUUGAGCUCGUGUGCGACGAUAGGCUAGAGUGGUAA